CUCUCGCUGUUCCUGUUCCGGGGGAGGAGUUAGCGGGCCCCGGAACCUGGAUGGGCGGCGGCGAGUGGUUGGAGCCCGAGGGCAGAGGCUGGGCCAUGCAGGUUGCGGGGCGGGGCUCUAGGAGCUGGGCCCGGUGCAUGGCGGUCAGGCGGCGGACUCGGCCCGCUCGGGCAUCCUCAGAUUUAUAACAAAGAAGAAAACUUCUUGCCUGUUCCAAAAAGCUCCUGCUUCCAACACUCUCCAAGUGUGUGCUGAUUAAAGUGAAAUUCAUGUCUGAGGAGCAGUCAUCAGGACACUAUGGAGAGUUUGGGCCUGCAGGCAGUGACCCUUACUGAUGGGACAACAGCAUACAUUCAGCAGGCCAUCAAAGGAGAGAAGUUGCUUGAAGGGCAAGUGAUUGAGCUUGAGGAUGGGACGACAGCUUACAUCCAUCAAGUGACAGUCCAGAAAGAGUCUAUAGCUUUUGAAGAUGGGCAGCAAGUGCUGUUGGAAGAUGGCAGCAUGGCUUAUAUACACAACACACCUAAAGAGGGUUAUGAUGCCAAUGCCCUGGAAGAGGUCCAACUGGAGGAUGGCUCCACUGCCUACAUACAUCGUCCUGUUGUCAUGCCAGCUGGCAGCACCAUCCUGGCCGUGCAGGCAGAAACAGGGCUGGAGGAAUUGGCUGGGGAGGAGGAAGAUGACGCCUUUGAUGCUGAUACCAUUAAUGCUCUCAAGCAGUAUGCCAGCAAGGUCUCUGAGGAGGAAGAGAGAGUGAAUAGCAGCAGCCACUUGAAGAAUGAGGUUUCUAACAAUGCCCCUUCCCAGAAUCUGCGAGAAGAGGAGAUGCGUAGCAGCGGGAAGGGGCAGCAGGUUGGUGACAGAGCCUUCCGUUGUGGUUACAAAGGUUGCGGCCGCCUCUACACCACCGCCCACCAUUUAAAGGUGCACGAGCGAGCUCACACGGGUGAUCGGCCGUACAGGUGUGACUUCCCGAGCUGUGGGAAAGCAUUUGCUACAGGGUAUGGGCUGAAGAGCCACGUGAGAACGCACACUGGUGAGAAGCCAUACAAGUGCCCCGAGGACAUGUGCAGCAAAGCCUUCAAAACCUCAGGGGACCUGCAGAAACACAUCCGCACACACACAGGUGAGCGUCCCUUCAAAUGCCCAUUUGAAGGCUGUGGCCGCUCGUUCACCACCUCCAACAUCCGUAAGGUCCACAUCCGGACACACACAGGGGAGCGGCCAUACAUGUGCCCCGAGCCCAGCUGCGGGAGAGGCUUCACAAGCGCCACCAACUACAAGAACCACAUGAGAAUUCACACAGGUGAGAAGCCAUACAUGUGCACUGUGCCAGGCUGCGGGAAACGCUUCACUGAGUACUCUAGUCUGUACAAACACCACGUGGUCCAUACCCACUGCAAACCCUACACCUGCAACAACUGCGGGAAGACCUACCGCCAGACCUCCACGCUGGCCAUGCACAAGCGCAGCGCCCAUGGAGAGCUGGAGGCCACGGAGGAGAGUGAGCAGGCUCUCUACGAGCAGCAGCAGCUGGAAGCUGCCGAACAGGGCCCCCCGCUGAAGCGCCAGCAGAUUGCUUUCCUUUCGGAGGAGGAGGAGGAGGAGGAUGGCAUACCUACCCAGGUUUCACUUAUAUCUCAGGAUGGAACACAGCAGGUCAGUCUGUCCCACGAGGACUUACAGGCACUGGGCAGUGCCAUCAGCAUGGUAACGCAGAGUGGCACCAUCACAAUGCCACAGGAAGACCUUGCGGCUUCUGGCACGCACACCGUCACCAUGGUCAGUGCGGAUGGGACUGAGACGCAGCCGGUUACGAUAGUCACCACUGGGGCAGUGAUGUCUGAAGGGUCAGCCAUCGCAUCCCUCCAUCACCAGCAAGUGGCAUUGCUCGCAACUGCCUGUGGCACUCAUAUUGCAGUGCAGCUGGAAGAGCAGCAGAGCCUGGAGGAAGCCAUCAGCAUGGCAACAGCAGCAAUUCAGCAGGAGUCUGUAACGCUUAAUGCGGCCGUGUCUGAGAACGGGUGCUGAGGCACUGCGCAACCUGUGGACAGGGAGGCUUGAGUGGAGCAGGGAUGGCAAUCAAAUGGCCCUUCGUGUUCGGUUGGGGGUUUCAGGAUCUGAAACAGCCCCCCCUGGCUGCUGCACAGAAGACAAGCUGUAAUGCGUGGUACAACCCGUGAAUGCAGAAGGGGGUCCCUGAUAACUGUUACGUGCAUCCAGCUUGUGUGUUAGGCAGGCAGCGAGAGCAGAUACAGGAGCUCUCUGGGCUGCCAGAGUGACCCUGUUUAAAGGGCUCUCCUAUCGCUUACAGCGAUAUCUUUCUA